AUGAAAACCCUUUUCCUCCUCACUUUAACUUCCACACUCUUCUUCUCCACCUUCUCCCAGGAAGCAUCAGUUUCUUCCAGGCAAACCAACUUGGAAACCUACAUUGUGUUUGUAGAGAAACCAGAAAACCUGCUAGAACCCAAUCUACAUGACUGGUACACCACAUUCCUCCCGGAAACUACUUCGAGUCUAAGCUCGAACCAACCACGAAUCGUCCACUCCUACCGCAACGUGAUCACAGGCUUCGCAGCUAGGCUCACACCACAGGAAGCCAAAGCAAUGGAACAGAAGGAAGGCUUCAUCUCAGCCCGCGUCCAGCGCUCUUUCUCACUACACACAACCCUCACUCCCAAGUUUCUCGGGCUGCCACGGAGGCCAACGAAGCUAGGAGCUUGGAACGCCUCGAAUUACGGAGAGGGAGUGAUCAUUGGUAUGAUUGACUCGGGGAUAAAGUACGAUCACGCUUCUUUCUCCGACAAAGACAUGCCUCCCCCGCCUGCCAAAUGGAGAGGCAGGUGUGCCUUCAACGGCAAGCAAACAUGUAACAACAAGCUCCUCGGUGCUCGAAGCUUCGUCUCUACUGCUGAUCGAGGCACUGAUCUACCGUGGGAAGAAAUCUACCAUGGGAGUCAUACUUCAGGGAUAGCUGCAGGGUGCCCUGUAGAUGGUGCCAACGUGUUUGGACAAGCGAAUGGGACAGCCACGGGGAUCGCGCCUAGAGCACAUUUGGCAAUGUACAAGGCCUGUGGAGAUUUCUGCGACGAAGGUGAUGCAUUGGCAGCAAUCGAUGCUGCUAUUGAUGAUGGCGUUGAUGUGCUCUCAAUCUCGCUUGGACCUCCACGUCCUUUCCCAUUCUACAACGAUGGGGUCGCGCUGGGUACAUUUAGAGCCAUUCAAAAGGGCAUCUUUGUGAGCUGCUCAGCUGGAAAUGCAGGACCUUGGGCGUCUACUGUGAUCAACGAUGCGCCAUGGAUGCUGACCGUUGGAGCGAGCACGAUCGACAGGGAGGUCAGAGCUACAGUGAAGCUGGGGAACAAUGUGGAGCUCCAUGGGCAGUCCCUCUUCCUGCCUAAGGAUUUCCAUUCACAGCAGCCACUCCCAAUCGUCGAUCCUGCUGCAACUGGCAAGAACGAAUCAGCAGCCUUUUGUGCGAAAGGGUCACUGAAGAACAUUGAUGUUGAAGGCAAGAUAGUCAUAUGCCAAAUUGGAAGUGAGGGAACCGAGGACAUGGGGCAAGAAGUGAAGAACAAUGGCGGCGCAGCCAUGAUCGUGCUCAAUUACCAGCCUGGUGGAUACACCACUUUUGCUUAUGCACAUGUUCUCCCCGCAUCAUACCUCAGUUACAGGGAUGGAUUGGUGCUCAAGGAUUACUUGUCCUCCACGCAAUCCCCCACUGCAACAAUCUCAUUCCAAGGUACCUUGAUUGGCAAGUCAUCACAAACUGCUCCGCGAAUCGCCUCGUUCUCUGCUCGAGGUCCUAGCCUGCAAUCUCCUGGGAUCCUGAAGCCCGACAUCAUUGGCCCCGGGGUCGACAUUCUGUCUGCUUGGGGGGUCUCAAUUGACAAUGCUACCAAACCGUUCAAAAUCGAAUCAGGAACUUCAAUGUCGUGUCCACAUCUGAGCGGGGUCGCAGCUCUGAUCAAGAGUGCUCACCCUGAUUGGUCCCCUGCAGCGAUAAAAUCGGCAAUUAUGACGACUGCCUACACCUUCGACCUCAACAACAACCCGAUCUCCACCGAGAAGAACGUUUCUGCCACGGUCUUCGACAUGGGUUCGGGUCACGUGGACGCAUCGAGGGCAUUGCACCCCGGGCUGGUUUACGAUAUCGAGCCAGACGACUACAUUCCUUACCUCUGCGGGUUGGGUUACAGCGAGCAGCAGGUGAGGUUUAUCGUGCAGCGAAAAGUGAAUUGCUCGAGGGGAAUUACUUCGAAACCGGAGGCUGAGCUGAACUACCCGACAUUUUUUGUGACGUUGUACACUGGUGAUCAAAUGACUUACACUCGAACGGUUACUAAUGUGGGUCGACCUUUCUCGACCUACUUCAGUAAGGUUUCAUCACCUGAAGGGGUUGCUGUCGAAGUCGUGCCUAGUGUGAUGAGGUUCAAGGAGGUGAAAGAGAAGGCGAGCUAUACCGUGACAUUUACCAGGUUGGAUGACAAUGUGACAAGAAGCAGUAACGUUGGUCAAGGUUCCUUGGUCUGGUACUCUAUUGGUGAUGAUGGGUACAAGGUUUUGAGUACUAUUGUUGUCGUCUUUGUUUGA